AUGAGCGCAAAAGAGGCCAAAGAAAAGGGUCGCGUCGCUUACAAAGCUGAAAAGUGGGAAGAUGCGAUUCAUCACUUUUCUGCUUCUUUGACCCAAGAACCAUCAGAUGCACCUUGCUUGGCACUACGAAGUUCUGCUUAUCAAAAACUGAAUAAUCUUGAAAAGGCCUUGGAAGAUGCCAACGGCUCUAUCGCAUUGAAUCCGGAAUACGCUAGGGGUCAUUUCCGAAAGGCUUGUGUCUACAGCGUGAUGAAAAAAAGUGAAAUGGAGAUCCAAGCUUAUGAAACAGGAUUAAACAACUGUCCCGACGACAAAUCGUUGCAACGAGGAUUAGAAAUUGCCCGACGUGUUCAAACCGCCAGUAGCAAGGCUAGUCAUGCUGCCAACACCAGUAUGGCAACCUUGGAAGCAGCCAAUUCGCGCUCAAUGAAGGCAAACUCUUCCAAGGACAUAUCAUCAUUUGUGACUCAAACGAAGUGGAAUCUCGAGCUUCAAAUGAGGACUCUACAAUCAAAACUGGAUCUUGUCAAGGAGCUUGGGCAAAUGACUGCAAACGCAAAGCUCGACUUUCUUUUUAAUUUGAUACUGGAGGAUUCCGGGUCAUCUGAAGCCAUUGCACUAGACAAGUUCCAGGAGGCUCUAAAGACCGCAUCGUCGAACUUGACCUUUGCCGAUGGAGUGAAAUUGGCAUUAGAAACUGUCAAAGCACCAUCGUCGGGAUCCGACGCAAAUUUAGCCACUACAAAGCUUAAGCGAGAUGAGUUUCAAGCCUACUGUCAUCAGCUUGUGACAGCCAUGAAUACGACUGUCAGUGACUUUUCUGAAUUUGUUGUAUAUCAAGUGAAGUUUGUCGCAAAUAUUGCAAGAGACAAUUCGGAAACAGAAAAGGAUGGAGGGGUGGCACCAUCAACCAUGGCGGGAAAAAAGAAGAAUAUAUUGAAUGAUCCUCGUAUGAUGGCUUUAUUUGUCAUGUUUGACAAGGACGCUGACAGUACUGUUGAUUUUAAGGAAGUAGCCAUUGGUCUGUACAAACUUUCCAAUAAUAUGGAAGAUUCUGCCAAGAACGCGGCGGCCCUCUUACUAAUGAUGGAUCAAAAUGAUGAACGUGUAUUAACCUAUGAAACCUUUGCCAGACUGAUCAUGUCUGUGGCGGCAGCCUCCAACCUCACUUUUGAUGAACUGGCCGAUCAGUUGACCUUGGCGCUUACCGAUAAAUCGGAGCUGUCCGAAGAAGUCAUGAACGAAAUCAUCAUGGUGGAAGAAAACUUGGAGAAAAUUCAGCAGGCUCAAGCAGCGAAUAACGAGCGAAAGAAGACCAUGGAUGCUCUCUCGUAUAGCCGCACUCAAAAGUUAUUCGAUCUCUGGGACGCCAACGGAGAUGGAAGUAUCGAUUUCCAAGAACUUCUUCGUGGGAUCCGAAAGUACUUGAAAGCAUCCCAUGUGUCAGGAAACAUCGUCGAAGCUGAAAAGGAUGCUCUGAUGAUCAUGGGGCAUGACAAGGAUAGCAACCAAUCGCUUGACAAAGAAGAAUUCGCGUAUGCAAUGGCAAACUACGCAGAGUCUAUACAGAAACCACUACACGAAGUGAUUGAUUUUAUGGUGGUCGUUGGAUCCAAGGAAACUUCCAUGGUUGAAGAAUUUGAAAUGACGUAUUCCGAGAUGAACAAUGUUACGAUGAACAAAGGAUACCAAAAGAGUGGAUUCAAACGAAGUUCUCUUGGAAUCAUUGUCGAUCUUGGAGAAUGUGAUGAAGACGAGGAGGAAGAAGACGAUUGGUAG